UACACUAUGUUUGAACUCUAAGCACUAAUUGCGAUGGUCAGAAUUCUUAGUAAUGGAGACAUAGUGCCAGAUGAUGACCCCAGGGCUCAACAAGCAGCUGGAAACAGGGGCAGUAACUCUUCAAGGCCACGACAGGGCUUUGUGCAACAUGAUAGUGAUCAGCAGGCUGGACAAGGAAGAGGAUUUCUGGGUCAAGGUGACGGACAAGUGUCAGUGUUCACAUUAAUUAACCAAAAACUUCUAGACCUGGGAAUACCCCGUUUCAAUGUUGGACCCUAUGUAGUAGAGCCUAUAGCAACAGUGGGAAUGAUUCUUGCUACUCUCUUGUUUGGACUCCCUGGACUUUUGUUUGGAGCAGUUCUAUUUCUUGUAGUGAUGUCUAGUCAGGCAACUGGCCAGGCAGGUGGUCAGAGAAGGGCAGCUGGAGGUGGGGGGCAUAGACUGGGAUAAACCAGAAUUACAAAAUAUAAUUAAUAUUCAUAGAGUGAGUGAAAUACGUACUCUUUUUAAACAAAUGUAAUUUAGGAGUGCAGUUGAAGUGUACAAGGUCCAUGUUCAGAAGUAUACCAUUUAUGAAUAUGAUCGAAGUUCUGAAAGCAUAAAUUUGAGUCAUUCCUUAAUUCCUACAGUAAAGCAGUUUCUGUGAUUUUAGAGUUAAUUGAAUUUUAAAAAUGUUUGUGCAGUAAAUUUUAUUUCUCUCUCAUAAAACUUAAUUACAGUUGUUAGAAAUAAUCUGGAAUUUUGUUUAGGUUAAAGUUCAGUUUGUUUCAGCCUAUUGCAUUGUUACAAUGAAGGGCUUAAUUAGGAUAUAUUUAUCAAAUGAUAUUUGUAGAUUUUGGCAAAAACAGGGAAUUAAUUGUUACAAUUAAAAUACAGUCAAAAUUUUAUGAGAAUUUUAUCUCUGUGAUUUGCUUUUGCUUGUACAUGUAGAUCUCGCAGUAGUUAUGCAAAAUACAAGUAGGAUGUGAGAAAGGUUAUACAUCAUGAAUACAUCUGAUUCUUCUGUAAUAAGGGGCAAUUAUCAGACAAGCACUUUUAUAUUCUAAAGUAUCAAUUUUAUUCAGAAUUGAAUAAUAAAUGACAAUGAUAA